UACUCCAGGAAUCCUGAUUUCCUUAGUGACCAGGAAGUAACAGUUUGUUUCUGGGAUGCUUCUGAGUUUUAGUAAACCAUAGUCUUCCCAAUUGCCUUUAAAGGACUAUGUACCCCCAUCUAAAUAUGGGCAUGAGCUCGCGAUGGAUUUCAAGGAAUGUCCGAGCACCACAAACUUGAGCUGAUACUCCAUCGCGUCUGGCGUUGCUCCUCGUGUUUCCAGAAAGGCUUCAGUUUGACUCUUUACGUCCUCCUUCAUUUUAAACUUUAACUGCUUAUGAAUAGUUUUUUCAGAAGGGAAAAAUAAGUGAAAAUCACCAGAAUAUCUUCGGCAGGAAAAUUCUACAUAAGUCUGUGUCACUGCUGAACGCAACUAUGUCCCGGAGGAAAGUGAGGGGACUCACGAAAACCGGGCGACAGGUGAGCGAGGACCCAGACCUCGACAGUUUACUGUCAAACCUGUCGCCCGAAGAAAUGGAGGAGCUGCAGAAAGAGGUUUCCGUCGUUCCCGAUCCAGAUCCGAGUGAAAUAAUCGAUGUGGACCAAACGGAUUUAAAACCAUCCGCGCCGGUUAAAAAGGAAUCACUGAGCAGCCAGACCGAUGACUUCAGAUCCCGCUUCCAGAGAAACCUGUCCACGGAGGGAGAGCCGAAGAAGGAGAGCCGGAAGCAAGAGUACCUGCGUAAGAUGGGGCUGAGCCAAGAGAAGAAUACCUGCGCAUCUGAUAGCAAAGAUGGAGGACUUCAGAGGACCCCCUCCACCUCUUCGUUCUCUAAACGUGAUGGUAGAACGGAGGACAAGACCCCCAGAGUCACAGAGGGCAGCAAAGAUGAUAAAUUUGGCCCAUCUGCCCUUUCUAGGAAGGACGAGGAGAGUGAGAAGAAAGUAGAGGUGAAGGAUCAAAAUGAUGGAAGUAAAUUCAAAGAUAGAAGAGAGAUGAGAGAAAGUAGUAGCAACAAAACCAGAGAAUUAAUAUCCAAGCUUCAGGAGAAGAAAGAGGAUAGUAAAGAGAAAAAUAGAAAGGAAGACGGUUGGAAAAAGGAAUCUGGGGAAAGUAGAGCAAAGGAGAUGAUCUCUAGGAUAAAGGAGAAAGAGGAGAAGGAAAGGGAAAGAAAGGAAGAGAUUAGGAAGAGGGAGGAAAACAAAACUAGAGGCUAUUCGUCCAGGUUAGAGGAAAAACAAAAUCAGGUUUUAGAAGAUAAAGUGAAAGAAGAGAAGAUGGACAAUGAAGAAAACAAAACAAGAAGGUUAAGUGAAAAGGUGAAAGAGAGCCCCUUGUUGGAAGUAAAGGGACUUCCUGAAAAUAAAGAGAAAGAACCAGAAAAGGCUGUGAGGAAGACACAAGAAUUUAAUGAAAAAUCAGUAAUAGAUAAGGGAACAGGGGAUGUUCAAAAGCAAAAUGAAAUCGUAAACGAAGUUCAUGAACCCAUUAAGGAAGAGAAAAUUGGAAACUGUGUCUCAGACACUAUUUCAAAAAGUAAGACAAAAGAGGAGGAAGAGGAGGAUGAGUCGGCCAGCAUGUUUGAUGAAGAUCUGGAGAGGGUUCGUCGCAACGAUCCAAGCAUGUCUGACCUCAACGUGAACAAUUCUGAGGUCAUAAAAAACAAAACGCUUAUUCAGUUUGCAGAGGCCUUAAAAAACAACACGCACAUCAAAGUGUUUUCUUUGGCUAACUGCCGAGCCGAUGACCAUGUGGCUUAUGCUAUAGCAGAGACCUUGCGCAAUAACAAAAGCAUCACUAGCAUCAAUUUGGACUCCAAUCUUCUUACUAGCAAAGGCGUUAUGGCCUUGAUCCAUGCCCUCCAACACAACUCCACACUCACUGAGUUACGCUUCCACAACCAGCGACACAUCAUCGGAGGCAAGUCAGAGAUGGAGAUGACCAAAAUCUUGAAAGAAAACACAACUCUUCUGAAAUUGGGCUACCACUUUGAGUUAGCUGGCCCUCGUAUGACCAUGACCAAUAUUCUGAGUCGCAAUAUGGACCGUCAGCGGCAAAAGCGGCUGCAGGAACAGAAGCAGGCUCAAGCCCAAGGCACUGGAGACAAGAAAGACUCAUUAGAAGUUCCAAAACCUGGCUUUGGUAAAGGCUCCCCGAGAGCUUCGCCCAGGCCGUCUCCUAUACCUUCUCCCAUACCGUCACCCGCCCCGUCGCCCAAGAUGACUCAUAAGAAAAGGGUCAGUGGGCUUGGUAGUGGACCACCUCCUCCACCACCACCACCUGGAGGUCCACCACCGCCUCCGCCUCCAAUGCUAGAUGGAGAUUUCCUGAAGAACUCCCUGACACCCGUGUCACAAAGGAAGAUAGACGAUAGGAGUGGUAGAAGAGGAGGAGCUCAAGAGAACUCAAGAGACCAACUUCUGGCUUCCAUUAGAGGCAGCAAUAUCAGACAGCUCAAAAAGGUUGAAGUACCAAAGCUCUUGCAAUAAUCCAGCAAUGCAGAAAGAUAGUUAUGGGUGAAGAAAAAGACAGGAAUGAAAGGACAGACAUCUCACAGACCUUAAGAAGAUCAUUACUCAGAAUCUUCCAUACAGAGUCUUACUGCUGCCCUAUAAUAUGGAAGACAUGCAAGGACUCGUAUAUAAUAGAAUGCACAACUUCUACCCAGGAGUCUUUGUACAAAAUACACUGGACGAUAGAAAGAAAUGAAAGUGUUGGGCAGUCAUGGGUGCUCAGAGGCUUCAGUGGCCUAUGGAACUGCGGAGUUGAUUCCUUGCUUGUCAUUUGCACUAAAUGAAUCAUUUCAUAUGAUAGAUUUACUAGUGUGUGUUUUGGAACAGUAUGUGUGGAUGUUGAGAAGAUGCAGUAGAAUUGGAUCCUCUUACAGCUGACUGAAUUGAACUGUGUAAGAAACAAUAAUUGUCUGGAUUUUAUCCUAGUUAUUUUGGGUUUGGGAAUCUCUAUAGCAAAAGCUCUUGCUCAUCAGGGAAUAAAGGCGGGAUUCUAAACAAUCACAAAUAAAGGUAUAGUUUCCAUGAUACAACAGAUUUUUUAAUACCUUGUUUUGAAUGAUUGAGUGUGAAAGAGAACAGGAUUACAGCAUUCAAGAGAAAGCGAUGGAUAAUCAGAUCUAUGUGAAUAUGACUGCCUAAACAUACAAUAUUUAUUUUGAUCUGAGUUUUCCUUUAACAUUGUAUGUAAUCCAUUGAGUAUAUAAAUGUUGAUCACUCUCAAGUGUAAUUUUUUACCAUCCAUUUGUAAUUUAUCAAAAAAAAAUCUUAAAAAUGUAGCAGGUUUUUACUUUGGGAAUGGAAGCAGUCUCUGCACAAAACAAAGGUUAAUGUACCUUAUAUGCUAUGAAGACAAUAUAUUUUCAUGCUUGUAUGAAAGUCUCUUCAAGAGCACAUCUAGUGAAGGCUAUAUGUAUGCUUAAUGAAAAUAAGCAGUAUCGAACAUAAAUUCACAAAUCUUAUUUAAGGUUUCAAUGUGAGAAAUCAAGCUGAGUAAUUCAAUGUGUGUUAUUUUGAAAAGAACAUUUGUUUUGGACGAAUCUGACAGAUAAAGAUAUGAUUGGUCCGACAAACCUCAUGUGAUUUUAC